AGCGUCCUUGUUUGUGUGGUGCCGCCGCCGCCGGUGCAGCCGCCGCCGCCGCCGCUGCCCCCGUCUGUACCGCAGUGUCUGCUCCACCCGCCCGCCCCGGUCCGGCCCACCCCCUUCCCCUACCCCCGCCCCCAGUCCCGUCAGUGGGGUCUGGAGCCCACUGUGCGUCGCCUCUUCUUUUUUCGACGCCUCCGCCACCGCCUGAGGAGGCGAGCUAGCCGGGAGUUACACCGCCACCGCCAGAAUGGAUAGAAUGACAGAAGAUGCUCUUCGCCUGAAUCUAUUGAAGCGGAGCUUGGACCCAGCAGAUGAACGAGAUGAUGUCCUGGCAAAACGACUCAAAAUGGAGGGGCAUGAGGCCAUGGAACGUCUGAAAAUGUUGGCAUUGCUCAAAAGAAAGGAUUUGGCAAAUCUUGAGGUGUCACAUGAGUUACCCACCAAACAGGAUGGCAGUGGUGUCAAGGGUUAUGAAGAGAAACUCAAUGGAAAUCUUAGGCCUCAUGGAGACAACAGGACUGCUGGAAGGCCAGGCAAAGAAAAUAUCAAUGAUGAGCCUGUGGAUAUGAGUGCUAGACGGAGUGAGCCAGACCGAGGAAGGCUAACUCCCUCCCCAGACAUCAUUGUUUUGUCUGACAAUGAGGCUUCCAGUCCUCGUUCCAGCUCCCGAAUGGAAGAAAGACUUAAAGCAGCCAAUCUAGAGAUGUUUAAGGGGAAAGGUAUUGAGGAACGGCAGCAGCUCAUCAAACAGCUGAGGGAUGAACUACGAUUGGAAGAAGCCCGACUGGUGCUAUUAAAAAAACUAAGACAGAGCCAGCUACAGAAAGAAAAUGUGGUCCAAAAGACUCCAGUUGUACAGAAUGCAGCAUCCAUUGUUCAACCAUCUCCUGCUCAUGUGGGACAGCAGGGCUUAUCCAAGCUUCCUUCCCGGCCUGGGGCUCAAGGUGUUGAACCUCAAAAUUUAAGAACAUUACAGGGUCACAGCGUUAUCCGUUCUGCGACCAAUACUACCUUACCACACAUGUUAAUGUCUCAACGUGUUAUUGCACCAAAUCCAGCUCAACUACAGGGUCAACGAGGCCCACCUAAGCCUGGCAUUGUACGCACCACAACACCCAACAUGAAUCCUGCCAUCAAUUACCAACCACAGUCAAGUUCUUCUGUUCCCUGUCAACGUACAACAUCCUCUGCCAUCUAUAUGAACCUUGCCUCCCAUAUCCAGCCAGGAACUGUGAACAGAGUGUCUUCUCCACUUCCUAGCCCCAGCGCCAUGACCGAUGCUGCCAACUCACAGGCUGCAGCCAAAUUGGCCCUUCGGAAACAACUGGAAAAGACACUCCUGGAGAUCCCACCUCCAAAACCUCCUGCUCCCUUGCUUCACUUCCUGCCUAGUGCAGCCAAUAGCGAGUUCAUCUACAUGGUAGGCUUGGAAGAAGUUGUACAGAGUGUCAUUGACAGCCAAGGCAAAAGCUGUGCCUCACUUCUGCGGGUCGAACCCUUUGUAUGUGCCCAGUGCCGCACAGAUUUCACCCCUCACUGGAAACAAGAAAAGAAUGGUAAGAUUCUGUGUGAACAGUGUAUGACCUCCAACCAGAAGAAGGCUCUAAAAGCUGAACACACCAAUCGACUGAAAAACGCUUUUGUUAAAGCCCUACAGCAAGAACAGGAAAUUGAACAGCGAUUACAGCAGCAGGCAGCCCUCUCCCCUACUACGGCUCCAGCUGUGUCCAGUGUCAGUAAACAAGAGACUAUCAUGAGACAUCAUACACUUCGGCAGGCUCCACAACCCCAGAGCAGCCUCCAGCGUGGUAUACCCACAUCUGCCCGCUCCAUGCUUUCAAAUUUUGCACAGGCACCCCAAUUGUCUGUGCCAGGUGGCCUCCUUGGUAUGCCAGGUGUCAACAUUGCAUACUUGAACACUGGCAUCGGAGGACACAAAGCCCCCAGUUUGGCAGACCGACAGCGUGAAUACCUAUUAGACAUGAUCCCUCCCCGGUCUAUAUCGCAGUCCAUUAGUGGACAGAAAUAACGCCUGAUCCACUUGUACUGCCCAACCUUGAAUCCUUUUACCCCUUUCCUCUCCAGUUGCCCCCAACUUCCGUCGCAUGCAGUGCCUGUACUGGUGCCUACCAUACACGGAAAGCAAAACUGAAAAAACAGAAGACAAAAAAAUAGAAAUCAACAAGAAAACACACGCCCUGCCCUAUCACCUCCCCUUUAUUUUACACUGCUGCAAUCUGUUCUCCUGCCACUCUGUCUUCUUUCUUCAAUUUUCUUAAGUGAGGUGGAUCUUUGCCUCUGAUAGAGGUCAGAAGGAGAUCCUGGGGAGAAUUUAAGCUCUCUGACCUGUGUUUCUAAAGUUUGUUUUAUGCUAUAAUUAUUAUCAUUUUAAUUAUAUUGUGUGUCCUCCCUUUGUUCAGUGAACGGUUAAACCUCUCCCCUCAGUUUUUUUUUCAUUUUCUUUCUUCCCUCCCUCCCUUACUUCCCUCCCUCCCUUCUUUCCUUCUUUCUUUCCUUCCUUCUUCCUCCCUUCCUUUUUUUAAUUCUUUAAUAAACUCAAAUGACAUUCAGUUCAAUGAUAGGAGCAUUGCAGAUUGCAGUAGGGUCCUCAGCUGCUGAGUAGGACAUAACAGAGUGUUAGGGACCCACUUAAACAGAGUUGUAGGGUGGGUGACAUCAAACUAGGAGGAGCAGCAUCCUAGGUGUGUAUGUUUUGUGGCCAAGCAGUUCGGGAAGCAGUAUUUUAGUAUUGAGUUGAUCUCUAAGAAUGAGGGGAGAGAGCCUGGAGGGAGAAGCUUUAAAACAACUACCCUGGAGUUUUUUUACCCAUGGAAGAGUGGGAAAGAGGUAUCAUAACAAAAAGAAUGGUGAGCCAAGGAGUACUAAGACCAAGUCCGAGACUUCCCUGGCCUUCUAGAUGCUGGGGAAAUAAGAUUGGUCUCCUGAGCCCAGUGGGGGCACAGAAGUACAUUCCAGGCCAAUUAACCCAAGAUUAUUUCGUCUUAUUUUCUUUGUAAAAUUGUUCCCCAUCCCACCCUCACCCCCUUUCCUACCCUUCCUCUUCUAACUACAGCCCCAUUUGUUAUAUACAGGAUUAGCUGUUCCCAGGCUGAAGUUUGCUGGGUAUCCUAGAAGUUGGAAUAGGCAUGAGUGAAUCAAAUGACAAAACAAGGAAAUAGACUUAGAGAACAAGAGAUUUCUCUCCCAACAGUUGAGAUUCUUAUGUUUGUCUAUCCCUUUGCCCUCUGUGUGCCAGGAGAUGAGAGUAAGGGCCCCUAACAGGUUGCACUUCUUCCCUGACUCUGCUGCACUGACUGCAGAACCAACUGCUCAAAGCCAAACAACUCAUGUAAAACCCACUUUGGUCCUCUGCUACACAAUUGUUGUCUUCCCUACUCCCUCCCUCCCAGAGUUGUUUUUGUUUUUGUUUUUUUUUCUUUCAGUGCUACUAAUGUAGAGAAUGAAUUGAAUUGUGCAAUGUUACUAUCUGGGGAUUAGGGAGAUUAGCAUCCCAUUUGCCCACACCAUGGGGGAAAGAAGAGGGGGACCAGGCUGUUUUUGAGGUAAGGGAAGCCCCUAAAAGGAAAAGGUUUCUGCUCUCCUCGUAGUAUAUACACGUACCUGCCUCUACAGCUCUAGAAGCUGCCAGGAUGCACUGGGGAUUCUCUUAGUAGAGAGAUAUGAGGAGUUGUGUAAUAUUUUGCCCUUGAAAGUCACCUGAGGAAGUCUCCUAAUUUUUAUUUUUAAAAAUUAAAUAAUUUUUUUUAAAAUAAGGCACUUUUAAAAUUAAUACACACAAACUGCACAUCUUCCCUAUAAAAUUUGGGGUGAGAUGGGAAAAGGAGCUCAGUUCCCCUACUCUGGCCUCUGUUCCCCAUACCCCAGUGCCACUGUGGGUGAUUAUACUGGCCCUACGGGCCUUCCUGGCUUGUUUUCUUUCCUCCCAUCCUCCAUAUUCAUUGAGCACUUAAUAAGGAGCAGAGAUGCAGCCAGUGUCUGGGCUCCCCAAGUGGUGAAAUGAUCUGGGAGCUAGACACUAGUAACAAGUAGUGUGAUCGGGUUGUUUCGAGUAUUUGGGGUGGGGGGAGUGUGG